AUGAGGCUAGAGCGCGGGCAGCGGGCUUCUCUGGCGCUCACCCUCAACUUUGUGGCGUUUGCUUUUGCCUUAUCAGCGGUGACUACCAGCUACUGGUGCGAGGGUACCAGGAAGGUAGCCAAGCCCUUCUGCACAGGACCGCCACUGAAGGCGAAGCAGUGGUUCUGCAUCAGAUUCAACAGCUCCAACGUCAAUGACAGCCGGGUGGUGCAGUACAUUUUUGAGACUGGAGAGGAGAAGUUUCUUUUGAAGAAGUUCCACACAGGCAUAUUUUUCUCCUGUGAACAGGCUGCCGACAUGAAUGGGUUUGAUUGUAGAGACUUCUCAGAGAUUGCUCCAGAACACGAAAGAGGGGUCCUGUGGCUGUGUAUCGUGGCCGAGAGUCUGUACCUCACCCUGCUCUUCACAGGCGGGGCUCUGAUGACUGUGGAGCAGUGUCCCUGCUUUAGUAUCAUGAACAAACUGAAGCUCAGUGCCUUCGCUGCCUUGUGCACCGCCUUGUCAGGCCUUUGUGGGAUGGUGGCCCACAUGAUGUUUACCACCAUAUUCCAGCUGGCUGUGGCUAUGGGACCAGAAGACUGGAGACCCAAGACAUGGGACUACAGCUGGUCUUAUAUUUUAGCAUGGGGCUCUUUUGGCACUUGCAUGGGCUCUGCGGUGACAGCACUCAACAGAUACACAAAGACAAUCAUGGAGUUUAAGUACAAGCGGCGGAAUAUCGAGAAAAGCCUGAUGAUCAAGCAGAAGAUGAUAGAGCUGGACCUCCCCGAGCAGAUGUGGGAUAUGUACCUGACUGCUGUGCCUGGUGACAUUGAAGCGCCGCUAGAACCGCCGGUCAACGGCCACAAACCGUCCACAGGCACAAUGUGCGUGGUCGAAAUGGACAGUGUGCCAGAACAGCAAGGAGAGGCAUAG